CUAUCAGCAACGCCGGUCGCAGAGUCAAACUCGAUCUUUUCGCGGAACCCUCUGGAGAGUUGGGUGGCUCCACUCUACAAGGUGAUGCUGGAGGAGAUACUGAUUCUCAACAUCGUGAUGGGUUACCCAAUUCACCCUCUUCUUCAGGUGGGUUCUGUCAGUUUUCUCAAAAGGACUAUAUUUAGAGGACUUGAGUGCUCAACAUUAAAUUGGUGGAAAUAUGGAACUAUAUAUGCAAGACAUGUUUUGUUGUAUGCCCCAAGAAACUGUUCUCAGACUGUAGGGCUGCUGUGGUCUUGGGAACAUUCAUUUCAGAUGAGGUCGGCCCUGCCACAUUGAAAUAUGAAUGACUCCUAAUCGUUUUCCUCCCCUUUUGGCUGCAUCAAGGGAUUACUGAGGUUCAGACGGUAGAAAGUUUUAUCGGUCAACAACCACAGAAUCCCCUGCUGUUACUUGGGCAAUAUAGUGAUGAUGAAGGGGAUGAUGGAUCAAGCAAAGGGCUUAAUGAUGCAAAUGUGCAAAGCCCCAUGCUUAAUGAAGAGGCUAAGGGUAUAUUUGAUGAAGGAUCCAAAGAUUUGGACAUCAGUGUCCCAGUAGAUCUUGUUGCUCAGAAUAAUGGACAGCAAAAUACAAUACAAAAUUCUACUUCACUUGAUGUUGGGUACAGUGAAAGAAAUGAAAGUGAUGGUGCUGCUGGUAAUUUGCAAAAUGAAAUCGUUUCCAAAGAUCAAAUAUAUGUUUCUGAAAGUUUUGAUGAACAAGUUCUCACUGAUGUUGGUUUGGGAUGGAAGAUGGUGAUGCACGAGGAAAGUCAACGCUAUUAUUACUGGAACAUUGAAACUGGGGAAACUUCAUGGGAAGUGCCUCAGGUCCUGGCUCAUGAAGAUCAGUUGGCUAAUGACUCAAUACCUCAUGCUUCUGUCAAUGAUAAAACAGAGAGUGCUGCUGUUGGUGAUAAUUCCAAUGUGCACUCGGCUGUGUUGCAGGACACUUCUGCUGCUUUCAUAAUCGAUGGUUCAUUGGAAACCACAGUGACUUCUCAUAAAGAAUUGUAUGGUCACAGGUCCCAAAUUAAUGGAGAUAGUGUUGAAUGUACAAAUCAAAAUCAGAUUUCUGAUGUUAAUGGAAAUGAAUUGACAAGAAAUGAUGGUCAUAUGAGUUUAUCUGAUGAGGGACACCAUUCAUCUGUUUCCAAGUUUGGUGAUGAAGAACAACAGCAAUUGGACAUUGAUUUUCCUUCUCGUCUUGUCAAACAAAGUGAGAGUUUGUUAGAGAGGCUGAAAUCACUGAAAAAGUCAAAGGAGAAUUUGCUAGGCCAGGACUUCUUGUCAAAGUAUAUGCUAGAGAUUGAGAUUAGGCUCUCUGAUAUUAGGUCUCUUGCAUCAUAUGGAUCAUCUUUGCUUCCAUUCUGGGAGCAUUCUGACAGAAAGAUAAAAUUGCUUGAAAGUUUAAUCACCGAUGAUUUGAUGCAAAUUGGUAAUUCUUCACAUGAUGAAGUUGAGGAUAAACAUGUCCCUGUCUCUGAAGAAUUGGCUGACCAACUGAAUGGCAUGGGACAUGAGUCAGAGGUAGAUAAUAAUAAGAACGAAGGGAGCCCUCUUACUUCUAAUGUUUCUAAUGAAUCUCAGGAUGAUGCUUCGGCUGCAGUUCUAAAAGAUAUCAACAAUAAAAUUUCUGCCAAUGGUCAGCAUGUUGCAUUGUCUAAUUCUCCUGGUAGUCACAUGGAAACAGAUGUAGAAAUUAAUUCAAAAGUUGAAGCAAUUAUUAAUCCUCAGGAACCAAUUCAUAAACAUGGGUAUAACGUUGGGGAAGAUGUUGAUAUGGAUGUGGACAUGGAAGUUGAAGAUAUGAAUUCCUCAGGCAAUACUACUGUCAUCGAUGUACCUGUUGCAAAGGAUUCCAUGCACAUAGAUCAACUGGUUCAGUUGAAUCCACCCGUUGACUACCUUUCUGUGUUGCCUGAGGAGGGUGAAUUUGUUCCUCCUCCACCAGAUGAUGAAUGGAUUCCUCCUCCACCGCCUGAUAAUGAGCAUGUGCCUCCACCACCACCGCCAGACAAUGAUCAGGUGCCCCCUCCACCUGGUGAUCCACUAGCACCUUCUUAUAGUGUUCUCCCAUCUUACACAGAGACAGGGCAACCCCUUUCUUAUGCUCAAUAUAGUCUAUCUUAUCCUGGUGUUGCUCCUGAGUAUUAUGGGCAGGCAGCUGCUGAAGUCCCAAGCAGUAAUAUAUAUGGACAAAUUGCUAUGCCACCUGCUCAUAUCUACUAUAAUAGUGCAAUUCCUAACAUGUAUAGUGAAAAUCCUCAAGUUAUGAUCGAUCCAGCUGGCACUGUUGCUUAUUAUGAGGUUCAAGAUGGAGCUGUUUCAAAGUCCAUUCCCACUAUCAAUUUUAAUGAUUCUGGUGUUGGUGGGGCUGACUGGGCAUCUAGUGAUGGUCCAUCUACCUCAUCUAGCAUCCAUGCACCUGCAACUGUUUCAGUUGACGAAGGUGUCUCAUUGCCUCCUGCUACUGCCGAAUCUGCUGCAGAAAACAAUGCAUCGUCAUUAGUUCCUAAAGCCCAAACAAAAGUUGUACGCAAUAGGAAGCGAGCAGUUGCAGUUGGAUCCUCAUUAAAAUCUAAUAAGAAGGUUUCAAGUUUAGUAGAUAAGUGGAAGGCAGCUAAAGAGGAGUUGCUCGAAGAGGAGGAAGAACCUGAUAGUGUGUAUGAGGUCUUAGAAAGAAAGCGUCAAAGGGAAAUAGAGGAGUGGCAUGCCAAGCAAAUUGCAAGUGGAGAGGCCAAAGAUAAUGCUAAUUUUCAGCCUCUAGGUGGUGAUUGGCGAGAGAAGGUCAAACGCAGGAGAGCACAAGCAGCAAAAGAAUCUGUUAGUACACCGCAGGAUGCAAUUGAGCAUAACCAGCAGCAACCUGAUCCGAGUGAACACUCAAAGGGUCUCCCAACUAAUUGGCAGGCUUACUGGGACGAUAGCACAAAGCAGAUUUAUUAUGGUAACACUGUAACGUCGGAGACAACAUGGACUAAGCCAACAAGAUGAGCAGUGAUCAUGCACGGACAGCUACACGGGCUAACAAUAAAGGGUUUUGAUGUUAUGGAGUUUUAAUUAGUCUCCUGAGGGCUUACUAGAAAACCAUGAUGCUUUUGUUUGAUUUCUUCCUGCCUUUUUGGUUUUAUUGCGACCACGCAUUUUUUCUGUUUGGAGGGGGGAAGAGGGGUCAGGAUAGCACCAUGGUAAUUAGUUAUUCUGGACAAAUUUUUGUGUAUAAUAAUCCGAAGGAAAGGAUUUUAAUAACAGAAGAAUGCAUAUAAGACCUAGUCACUAAUGAGAUUGAGUAGUAUUGAAAUCUCAUGUAAGAACUGGUCCGGAUGACCCUUGGAAUAGGACAUCAUAAAAACCAGUGAACUGGUCAGAACUGGUGGUUCACCGUUUGCAGCAGUUCCUAAAAAAAAAAUCUUUGCAAAUUUCUAAAACAAUGUCCUCCACCCACUUAAUCGUGCCCUUUUAUUACUUAUGGU